AAUUGAGUCAUUAUCACGCGGUUUACCCCGUUCUACUCUAUACCUGUAACUCCACCACCACGACGAUAGUCGAAAGCACGUGCGACGCAAAUCCAGUACGCGUUUCAAAGUCAGAGAACGAUAAAAGUGUAGUCUUGUCUUCACUUUACAUCGUUUUCUUCAUCUUCUAACUCCUCAUUUCGACGCCGUUACGCUUCUUCUGAUAUGUCGGUCAAAACUAUAAAAGUCGAUAAUGUUUCCUUGGGAGCAUCUGAACAAGACCUAAAGGAGUUCUUUUCAUUUUCCGGUGACAUUGAAUAUGUUGAAAUGCAAAGCUACGACGAACGAUCUCAAAUUGCCUUUGUUACUUUCAAGGAUCCACAAGGUGCCGAGACGGCAGUACUACUAUCGGGGGCAACAAUAGUUGAUUUGUCAGUUAAGAUAACUCUGGAUCCAGAUUACAAACUUCCACCUGCUGCCUUGGCAUCAUCUGCUUCUGAGGGUAAAACUCCUGGAGGUGCCGACUCUGCUUUACGGAAGGCAGAGGAUGUGGUCACCAGCAUGCUUGCGAAGGGAUUUAUCUUAGGGAAAGAUGCUGUGAACAAAGCAAAGGGUUUUGAUGAGAAGCACCAGUUGAGUUCAACAGCCUCGGCGAAAGUUACAUCUUUUGACCAAAAACUUGGGCUUAGUGAGAAAUUAACUGCUGGUGCAUCAGUUGUGAGUGGUAGAGUUAAAGAAGUGGAUCAAAAAUUUCAGGUUUCAGAAAAGACCAAAUCAGCAUUUGCAGCUGCUGAACAGAAAGUCAGUACCGCAGGGUCUGCUAUAAUGAAGAAUCGCUAUAUACUCACUGGUACUACCUGGGUAACUGGUGCUUUUAAUAAGGUUGCUAAGGCAGCUGGGGAUGUAGGACAGAAAACAAAAGAGAAAGUGGAAAAUGCAGAAGUGGAACAGAAUCGUAAAGUUGAAGACCAGUAUGCGCAGGUCCUUUCGGAGUCCCCAAAAGCAGCAGCAACAAGUGAACUGCACUCUUCCAAGCCUGCACCUGCUCAGGGUUUGAUCCUUUGAUUCACUUCUUGUACAUACCUUUUUGAAACUCCUGCAAAUUGUUUUAUUGUGAGCACAGCUUUGACAGAUUUUACUAGUUACUUGGACAAGUUUGCAGCUAUUUGAUUCACUUUUAUAAGCAAAUAGAAACUGAAUUUCCAAAGUUGGAAAUUAUAUGCUUGUUGUCUUUUCCCAUUCAGCCCAUGGAGAAAAAUAUAAGGGAAUGGAAGUUUUUUCAGUAUACAA